AUGGAGCCGCCGGAGGAGCGCACCGAGAGCCGGUUGGUCUCCUUCCAGUACGUGCACGUGCAGCUGCAGGGGGGCGCACCCUGGGGCUUCACCCUCAAGGGGGGGCUGGAGCACGGGGAGCCCCUCAUCGUCUCCAAGAUUGAAGAUGGAGGUAAGGCGGCCCUGUCCCGCAAGAUGCGGCCCGGGGACGAGCUGGUGAACAUCAACGGCACCCCACUGUACGGCUCCCGGCAGGAGGCGCUCGUCCUCAUCAAAGGCUCCUACCGCACGCUGAAGAUGAUUGUCAGGAGGAGGAACGUGCCCGUCAUCAGGCCCCACUCCUGGCACCUGGCCAAGCUCUCCGAGGUCCGGACCGAGGCUGCCACCAUGCACUGUCCCUCUGAUGCCUUCAGCUUGUCUUGGCACUCAGGAUGUGACUCCAGUGACCUGUCCCUGCAGUGGGCCCAGCUGUCUCGCCAUUGCAGCACGGAGAAGAGCAGCUCCAUUGGAAGCAUGGAGAGCCUGGACCCGCCCGGCCAGACCUACUACGAGGGCAGCCUCUCGCCUGUGGACCAGAGCAUGUACCAGAACAAGCGGGACUCUGCCUACAGCUCCUUCUCAGCCAGCUCCAACGCCUCGGACUAUGCCCUGUCCCUGCGCCCCGAGGAGAUCUCCUCCACAGACUCCAUCCUCCAGGGCCUGGGCCCCAGCCAAGCCCACGAGGGGCGCUACCUGCAGACAGGUAGUGAGGGGGCAGAUGUCUCCCACCAGCUGUGUGAGCGCCUGGCACCCAACUCCAGGCCCUCCUCAUGCCCCCACGAAAGCAACCUGUCGGGCUCUGCCAAAUCAGGCCCCCCUCCCCAGCCCCCUGUCAGGAGGGACAGCCUCCGGGCCUCCAACCCCCAGCCAGCUGGCACCGAGCGACGCCGGGCCUCCGCCCCGGCUGAUGCCCUGCACCUCCCGGGCAGAUGGACCUCGGACACCUCACUGUGCCUGCGAGACAAGGAGCCCGAGGGAGUGGGAGGCCACCCGAAGGAGCACCUGUCUGCUGACCAGUACUACAUGCUGAGCUCCCACCUGGACAGACGCCAGCCCAGCAUGGAGCAGCUGUUAGGGGAGAGCACAGACCAUCCCCAGGGGGCUGCCCAUGGGCAGUGCCAGGACAGCGGUGCCCACGAAGGACAGCCAGGCGCCAACGGUGACCCGCCCCUGUCUCCUCGGAAGGGGCACCGGCACAGUGCCCCUGAGCAGCUGCUUGCAUCCCAGCUGCACUCCCUGAAUGUAGCCAUGGGCAGCAGCCGCUGGGACACCCAGCUGCAGGAUGGGCACCAAUGGACCGUGAACCCGCUGCACUUGGAGCAGCCGGGACUUGGCCAGCAGACAGAGGAUGCCAAAGAGCAGCCGUGCAGGGAUCCGGCCGCGGGCACAGACCGGGCUGAUGACCAUGCCACACAAGCCCAGCACUCCCCUGACCGGGCCCAGGACUCCUGCCACAGCCAGGGGCCAUACAGGUGUUACCCAGAGCUGGAGAGAUCCUGCAGCACCCCCAGCGAGUCAGCCAUGCCACAACAGCCUGCUGGCCUGACCCCUGCAUGCAGCUCCGAGGCGCUGGUGGAGGAGGGGAAGGAGUCCGGGGAGAGCAGGCCGAGCACCAGGAAAUCGGGCCCUUCCCAUCAGCGAUCAGCCCAGCUGCGGCGCCGGAGUGAGCGCUUCGCCACCAACCUGCGCAACGAGAUCCAGAGGAGGAAGGCCCAGCUGCAGAAGAGCAAGGGCUCUGCGGCUCUGCUGUGUGGGGAGGAGCCAGUGGAGGAGACGGAUGAACCAUGCGAGAGUCCCCCCAAUCCCUCAGCCCCGCCACAGGGCAGGCUGCCUAGCUCAGGGGACAGGAGCUCUGUCGGCGUGGCACGAGCCAGAGCCAAGUGCCUGAGCCCCAUGCCGGGCGCAGCACCUGCUGGGGAACAUGGCAGGAGCCCCGGCUGCCCAGCCAACAGGAGCGCCCUCACCCCCCAGCCUGCACGGAAAGGCCCCAGCACCCCUGCCCCUGACAGGGAGAAGCAGAGGGCUCCGGGGACUGGGGGCCGGUGGCGGUGGUCUCCGGAGCACAAGCUGCAGCGGGCCCUGAGCCCUGGGGAGGCAUAUGCCAAGGGGCCGGAGGCGCCCGCCUCCCCGCUGCGCCUGGCAGAGGAUGCCGUCCUGCUGCCCUUUGCCGACCGGAGGAAGUUCUUUGAGGAGACCAGCAGGUGCGUGGUGCGCCUCCCCGCCCGGCACAGCAAGCCCCCCAGCUUCCAGCCAAAGGCAGCCGAGCCGCACACCUUUCAGCCACUGGGCGCUGAAUGUCGGGAGCUGCGGCGCCGUUCCGUGGACCAGUCCUACCCGCCCCUGUCGCCGGGGCGGCAGAAUCUCCCCGCCUACGCCGAGUGCUGCCUGGAGCCGUCUGUGUGCUACGCCGGCCUCCCGCGGCAUGGCGAGUUCGAGUACCUGCGGCCCUUUGCCCGGGCCUGUGCCGGGACGGCCCCGGUGCUCCGCGAGCCCUGCCUCUACUGCUCCGGCGACAUGUGCCCUGCACUGCUGCAGAGGAACAUGCAGCCCAGCCAUCACGGCUACCGCUGCCACACGCACCCCUGGGUGCCGCGGUGUUCCGACUGCUGCUGCUCUGUUCCCCACAAGGCUCUGGAGAAGAGCGAGCCCUGGCCUGGGAGGAAGGUGUUCCUGCCGGAAUUUCCUCUGGAGGAGUGGGAGCCUGGGGCGAUAAACAGGAAGGGCAGCCAGUCAGUGAGCGAGCUGGCGCACUACAAGAUCGGCUUCCAGAGGGAGGGUCCCUUCCGGCCCUGCUUGGAGAGCUCCGAGCAGACGUGGCCUCCGUGCUACCGGGCUGCGUCCUCUCUCGACCUCUCUUGGGACUGCGAGCGGCGCGCGCCAGAGAACCCCAGCGAGUCACUCCACCGCCCGCUCCGGGGCAGGGCCUUCUCAGAGAGCCACCUCAACAUGGAACCGCCCAGCACCCGGGGCCAGGAGAUGAGAGACGCCCCCUUAGCCAAGCUAGAUGAGAUCCACCCGAUGCCUCUGUGUCCGGCCAGAAAGAAAGGGCCGCCUCCUCCCCGGCCCCCACCCCCUAAUUGGGAGAAGUACAGAACUCGCCGGGCCUCCCACCACCACCUGUACCCACUGGAGCCCGCCGGGCCUGGCUCAGCCUUGCUGGCGGUGCCCCUGGAACAGCCUCACCACCAAGGUGGUGGCAGCGUGGAGACCGCAAGGCAGCGCUCCCAGAGCCUUCCCCUGGACAAGCUCCCUGGGGACUCGGUCAAGCCCGUGGCCAUCUCACAGCCCCGAAUGCCUGGCACCCUCCCGCAGGAAUCCCUGGACACCGGACACCUGCCAGAGCAGGGGAGCAACCACUACUACUGCCACGUCUCGCCUCAGGAGCCGCUGGCACUGGACAUGGGCACCAGGGACACUCCCAGGCCAGAUGGGCCCUCAGAGGAGGGGGUGAAGGAGACGCCGCGGUGGGAUAUGGGCAGGUCUGUAAAGGAUGAACAAUACCAAGUGAUUAGCUGGGGCCAGGAGCGCCCGCGGCCCAGCCCCCCCUGCCUGGCCCCCGAGGAGGUGGAGUCGGCCCAGGAGAGCGCAGAGGUGGAGAGCUGCCGGCUGGGCAGGCAGCCGCCCUGCCGCAUGACCUCAGAGGAGCUGAUGCGAGAUGUGGCGGGCAGGGAUCGCUCCCUGGCAGGUGUGCUGAGCCCAGCCUCUGGCAUGGUGACAGCCGCUGAGGUCAUGGGAGAGCUCUUCUCGGCGGGGGACCGCCGCUCGUGGAAGGACCAUUACCAGCAGGACUGGCGGCUGGAGAAGCAGAGUGAGGCUGAAGCUCAGGAAAGGGAGGAGUUCCAGCCCAUCUCCCCUCCCCUGGGGGGCGCCGUCAGCCCCACCUCCUACUCAGCCUAUUACAACACCUCGGCGGGCAAGGCUGAGCUACUCAACAAGAUGAAGGAGCUACCGGAGGGGACCUCAGAGGAGGAGGAGGUGGAUCACGAGCUAGCACAGAAGAAGGCACAGCUCAUCGAGAGCAUCAGCAGGAAGCUGGCGGUGCUGCAGGAGGCGCAGCGGGGCCUGCAGGAGGAUAUCAACGCCAACGCAGAACUGGGGGAGGAGGUGGAGUGCCAGGUGAAGGGCGUCUGCAAACCCAAUGAGUUUGACAAGUUCCGCCUCUUCAUCGGAGACCUAGACAAGGUGGUGAAUCUGCUGCUGUCGCUCUCGGGGCGGCUGGCCCGGGUGGAGAAUGCCCUCAACAGCCUGGACCAUGAGGCCACCGAGGACGAGAAGCUGGCGCUGCUGGAGAAGAAGCGGCAGCUGACGGAGCAGUUGGAGGAUGCCAAGGAGCUGAAGGAGCACGUGGACCGGCGAGAGAGGGCCGUGUUCGGCACCAUCUCGCGCUCCCUGCUAGCCGAGCAGCUCCAGGACUACCAGCACUUUGUCAAGAUGAAGUCAGCCCUCAUCAUCGAGCAGCGGGAGCUGGAGGAGAAGAUCAAGCUGGGCGAGGAGCAGCUCAGGUGUCUCAGGGAGAGCCUCCUGCUUGGGCCCAGAGAUUAUUAG